UGCGUGCCGUGGGGGGGGCUCGUCGGGACGGAAGAGACAAGAUGGCGCUACGGACGAUGAGGGGGAUCGUGAACGGGGCCGCGACCGAGCUCCCCAUGCCCACCGGCGGGCCGGCGGCGGGGGCGCGGGAGCAGGCGCUGGCGAUCACCCGGAACUACCUCUCUCAGCCCCGCCUCACAUACAAGACCGUGUCCGGCGUCAACGGCCCGCUGGUGAUCUUGGACCAUGUCAAGUUUCCCAGGUACGCUGAAAUUGUCCACUUGACGUUACCAGACGGUACCAAGCGAAGCGGGCAAGUCCUGGAAGUUAGUGGCUCCAAAGCUGUGGUUCAGGUGUUUGAAGGGACAUCAGGUAUUGAUGCCAAGAAGACGUCCUGCGAGUUCACCGGGGACAUCCUGCGGACGCCCGUGUCCGAGGACAUGCUUGGCCGCGUGUUCAAUGGAUCGGGCAAGCCCAUCGACAGGGGCCCGGUGGUCCUGGCUGAAGACUUCCUGGACAUCAUGGGCCAGCCCAUCAACCCUCAAUGUCGAAUCUACCCCGAGGAGAUGAUCCAGACGGGCAUCUCGGCCAUCGACGGCAUGAACAGCAUUGCCAGGGGCCAGAAGAUCCCCAUCUUCUCGGCGGCCGGGCUGCCGCACAAUGAGAUUGCAGCUCAGAUCUGUCGCCAGGCUGGUUUGGUAAAGAAGUCCAAAGACGUUGUGGAUUACAGUGAGGAGAACUUCGCCAUUGUCUUUGCUGCUAUGGGUGUAAACAUGGAAACGGCCCGGUUCUUCAAGUCUGACUUUGAAGAAAAUGGCUCCAUGGACAAUGUCUGCCUCUUUUUGAACUUGGCUAAUGACCCGACCAUCGAGCGCAUCAUCACGCCUCGCCUGGCUCUGACCACCGCAGAGUUCCUGGCGUACCAGUGUGAGAAGCACGUGCUGGUCAUCCUCACAGACAUGAGCUCCUACGCGGAAGCGCUGCGAGAGGUGUCUGCAGCCAGGGAGGAGGUUCCGGGCCGCCGCGGAUUCCCGGGCUACAUGUACACAGAUUUAGCCACCAUCUAUGAGCGCGCAGGGCGGGUGGAAGGCCGAAACGGCUCCAUCACGCAGAUCCCCAUUCUCACGAUGCCCAAUGACGAUAUCACCCACCCGAUCCCUGACUUGACUGGGUACAUCACAGAGGGCCAGAUCUACGUGGACAGACAGCUGCACAACAGACAGAUUUACCCUCCCAUCAACGUGCUGCCUUCCCUGUCGCGGCUCAUGAAGUCGGCCAUCGGGGAAGGGAUGACCAGGAAGGACCACGCCGACGUCUCCAACCAGCUGUACGCGUGCUACGCCAUUGGGAAGGAUGUGCAAGCUAUGAAAGCUGUGGUUGGAGAAGAGGCGCUCACCUCAGAUGACCUGCUCUACCUGGAGUUCCUGCAGAAGUUUGAGAAGAACUUUAUUUCUCAGGGUCCCUACGAAAACCGCACUGUCUACGAGACGCUGGACAUCGGCUGGCAGCUGCUCCGAAUCUUCCCCAAAGAGAUGCUCAAGAGAAUCCCUCAGAGCACCCUGAGCGAGUUCUACCCCCGAGACUCGGCCAAGCACUAGCCGCUGCUCCGUCCCCGCCCGCCCCGCGUGGGCCUCUCGUGAAAUACUGGUUCCGGUUCUGCAUUCCUUCCACACUCCUCCAGUCCCCCAGCUGGCUGUGGCAGGUCACGCCUUCCCGUGUCAUUAAAGGUGACGUUUUGUGCUGGU